AUGGCCAAGAAAACUCAAAGACGUGCAGCUGCUCGAGUAGAGAGGGAUCAGUUAGGCUGCAUGUGGGGGUUUAUGAAUAUGUUUACUUUCCGCCAUGGACCACUCUCUCCCAAGCUCCUUGUUGACCAAAACCAUGCUGCUGGAAAUCAUAGGAACAAUGAGAUUGACAAGUCCAGCAAAUGCCGUGACAAAUCUGCUCAAGACACCCUUGUUGGUGAAGAGCCCAAUGUCACGAUUACAAUCAUAAAGCCAAGUGUGAAGAAACUCAUUGCAGAAGAGUUACUCGUUGACAAGAAGCAGAGGGAGAAUGCUGAAGCAGGACAGUUGUCAGACUCUGAGCUCGAAGGAAGAAGAAGGAAAAACCAUAGGAGGAAAAACAAGACCCGCAAGAACAGCUGCGAUAACUUUAGCAAUAUAACCACACCUGACACUGAAGAGCCUCAAGUUCACCGCAGACAUAAGAAGAGCCAUCAUGCGUCUGAAAGGAGUGUUGACAUUGAUAACAUGAUUGAAGAGUUCUAUUCUGAGAUUCAUCGCAGAAGUACAAGCCGUGGGAAGAAUGGGAUGUUGAACCACAAACACGAAGAUUAUAAAGAAAAACUGAGGGAACUGGUCAAGUUUUUAAUCAGCCAGAAGCUUUUACAUGGGAACCGUCCCAAGGAGAAUAGUGAAAUACUUACAUCUAAGGACUUGAUGGAAGUGUUUCAGAUUCUUGGAUCAGAUGAGGAGUUGUUUCUCAAACUUCUGCAAGAUCCAGAGAUACUUGUGCCAAGAGAUAUAUCUCAAAAUCUACAAAACAGUCAAAGUCAGAAAGGAGAAGAAAGCUUGAGCUUGUCUGAUAAGAGAUGGUCUAGUUUUUUCAGGAGGAAGGAUACACCACAAGAAAGGACUGAUGAAAAAGCAUGUGAAGCUUCAGACAGGAUUUUCAUUCUGAAGCCAAGCUUUUCAAGUCCAGAAACAGGAGGAAAUAGCCGUGGUUCCUCACCUGAUUCUCAUUUGAUGAGAAAUAAAAUACAGAACGAGAGAAACAGUUCACAUUUCUUUCUUUCUGAGAUCAAGAGGAAGCUGAAACAAGCAAUCAGAAAGGAGCAGCCUGGACUCCAGCGUGAGAGAGGUUUUCCUAAAAAUGUGCCAACUAAAGAUCAUUUCUUUCUCGAGCGGAUGGCAAAGCCUUCAACGUCUCAGAAGAACAAUGAAGAUGAUAGAAAGCAAAGGGUAUCUAACAUUUAUACAGAGGCAAAGAAACAUCUGUCCGAGAUGUUAAACAAUGGAGAUCUUGAUUCGAACAUAACAAGUAGACAGGUUCAAAGAACCUUAGGAAGAAUACUCUCUCUUCCUGAGUACUUGUCUCCUAUAAGCAGCCCAGGAAGAAGAUGGGAAAAGAGCUCAACUGCUGCACACAGGAAGUCUGCUGCUUCAUCGGAUUACAUAAAUGCUGUGAACAUCAAGAAAGAAGCUCAUGUGAGCCAACCAGAGGAUGCAAUAAAAAGUGAUGAUACUCAGGCCUGCGUUCUAAGCAAAGAACCUGACAGUGCUGCCGAGUCUCUCCAACCAACCGCAAGUGAACCUACUGAUGGAACUGCUAACGAAGAUAAAAUAUCUGCUGCAGGUUCUGCAGAUGAUGUAAUGAUUACCAAUGAGAUUGGUAUGGUUACAGAGGAAGCAAGCUUUACUUUGGUUAAUGACUUAUCCAAAUUAGAAGUUCAGGAUGAACAGAUGGACGGUAUAAUCUCAAAACAGAUCUCUCAUGAAGAGAACCAACUACCACUGGCUUCCUCUGUGGCCUCACCAUCUCACUGUUUAGCUAAAAGUGAGGAGUGCAAAUCAGCCGCUACUGAUACUCCGGAAUGGUCAAGCCCAAUAUCAGUUCUUGAGCCACUCUUUAUUGAAGAUGAUAUAAGCCCAGCAAAAAUAAGAUCUCAGUCUGAUGAACCACAGGUGCAACCUUGGUGUAUCCACUUCGAUGAAAAAGAAGAUUCUGCAGCUAAAAGCCGAGAGGAUUCUGUCAAAUCCAUCACAAGUGACAAGGAAGUGGUGUUUGGUUAUAUAAAAGCAGUCAUGGACGCAGUAGAGUCAGAUUUUAAAGAGCUCUAUCUGAAGGCGCAGUUCUCUGAUCAGCUUCUUGAACCGGCACUGAUCAGCAAUGUACCAUUCUGUCCAAGCCAGCUUUGCCAUGACCAUGAGCUUCUCUUUGACUGCAUCAAUGAAGUUAUCAUGGAGCUCUGCUGUUGCCCUCCAUGGGCUUCCUUUGUUACACCAAGAACCAGAGUCUUCUCUACCGUCAAAAGCAUCAUUCACGAGGUUCAAGAAGCGGUCUACUGGCAUCUCUUGCCAUUGCCACUCCCUCACGCGUUGGAUCAAAUAGUUAGGAAAGAUUUGGGUAAAGCUGGAAACUGGUUAGACAUCAGAUGUGAGAUUGACUGCAUUGGCUUUGAAACUAGUGAGUUGAUUCUAGAGGAAUUACUUGAAGAGGUCACUCUAAACUGCCUCAACAACACUGAGCACUCUCUUGUUCCAUCUGAGUUGAAGACCGAUGAGAGCAUCCUUAUUUUAUAAAAGUGCAAACUCUCUUCUUAAAGACAGAGCCAUUGUUGAGAGAGACAGCUGCAAGCUCAGAACAUAGCCUCAGUAUCACCAUUGCUAACUUCCAUUAGCGCAGAACCAUGUAGAUAGUGUGUGUAUUACUCAAAGACAAUAACUUUCAGACUGCUGAGAGAGACAGAGAAGAGAUAAGAUCCUUUCGAGACCAGUUUGUGGUGGGGUCAUUACAGAAACACUUUCAAAGACAGGACCACUGGUCUCUUGUUUUAGUAUACUAUAGGAUAUGAUUUAUUUUAGUAUGAGUGUGUGUUGUGUGUUGAGAUGUGAUAGUGUUUUUGGUUUCAUUGAUUUAUUUGUGUGUAACAUUUUCAGAAGUUUGACAUAUGACAAUGUAUUUAUAGGAAGUAUGAUCUGGGGUGGACAAUCUUGAAGAGUACUUUAUUUAUUAAUGAAAGUUAGAAGAUAUACAAGGUUAGUGUAGUUGGAAAG